ACAUCCCACCCAGCUACAAAUUGUCUUAAAUACGUUAUUGCGCAAGAUUUAUUCAAAUAAUUAAGCUGUACAAGGAACAUUAAGUAGGAUACUUAUUUCAAUCGAAAUUGUGAAUAAAGCAAAAAAACUACGUGCCACAGGGCGUGAAAAAGCUUUGGUGGAGACGAGGAACAUCAAAUUUUGGUUUUUAUAAAGACUUAAAAGCGCCCUCUCUAAUAUUCUUGCAAAUUGAGGUAACGCUAAUACGCUUUUGGGACCAAUUUCAACAAUGUCUGGAUUUGACGAUAAUCCUUUUGACGACAAUCCUUUUAAGGAUCCUGCUAUUCAACAAGUUACCAGAAAUUCAGCGAACAGCGCAGCCAAAGAUCUGGAAGAUUACAAUCCAUUUGACAGCAAUGCUACAAACCAACAACAGGUUCCAACGGUGGGAAGAGCAUCAAACAAUUCCGUAGCAUUUGGAGAUUCAUCCAGGUCUCCUGCAGUCAUGUCACCAGUACAGGAAACAACACCUGUACCAUUUGGAAAAUUAGAUAAUCGCAGUCAGCAACCCCAAGGUCAGGGAGCACAAGGAAUUCCAAUUUCAACUGAAGAACUGCAGAGGAGACAAGAAGAACUUGAACGUAAAGCAAGAGAACUGGAACGCAGGGAAGAAGAAUUAAGAAACAAUCCUUACAAUGUUCGUCGAAACAACUGGCCACCUUUACCAGAAAGUUUUCCUGUGCAACCAUGCUUUUAUCAAGACAUCAAUGUUGAUAUUCCAGUGGAAUUCCAGAGAAUUGUGAGACACUUGUACUACUUAUGGAUCCUGCAUACUCUGGUCCUUAUCGCAAAUUCAUUGGUUCUGCUACUAUUAAUUUUCGUGAUUCACGAUACUGAUACAUUCAUGAAGUUUUGUCUGUCCCUUUUCUACAUUGUUGUCUUCACUCCAAUGUCCUUCAUUUGUUGGUUCCGGCCAGCAUACAAGGCUUUUAGAAGUGACAGCUCCUUCAACUUCAUGGUAUUCUUCUUCGUGUUCUUUUUCCAAUUCAUUAUUGCGAUAAUGCUGGCAAUAUUCCUGACUGGUUCAUGUGGGAUUAUGGAAGGUGUUACAGUGGUGCAGAAAGGCGGUGGCUGGAAUAUUUUUGCUGGAGUCUUUGUCAUUUUGAUUGGACUAUGUUUCCUCGUUUGUGCGUUGCUGGAUUUGUUUCUGCUUAUGCGAGUUCAUAAAAUCUACAGAAGUACGGGAGCCAGUUUUGCGAAGGCACAACAGGAGUUUGCAUCCGGAGUGAUUAGGAAUGAACAUGUGCAAGGAGCAGCAGCAGGCAUAGCAUCAGAGGCCAUUCGUCAACAAUUCAGAGGUGCAACAAGUCCAGGAAAUGCACCUCCCCGAUAUUAAACUUAUUCUACAAUCGCUAUAACGCGUUCGUAAGAACGAAUUGAUCGUAAUAUGCCCGUUUACAAGUGGGAUUGGUUUAUCUUCUGGUUCACUUAAAACUUGAAUAUAAGAAGAAUACGAUCAUCUCAUUUAUAUGUAUUGUCAAGUCAAACAUUAUCGGUUAUCAGGUUUCGUGAUAAUCAUUAUUAUGCAUAAUCAUUGAUGAAAGUACUAAAUACUAUUUUGCUUGUGCAAUGUAUGAGUUAUUUAUAUAUAGGUAUACAUUUAUAUGUGAUGAACGUCAUGAGGUGAAAAUGAACUGACUGGACUGACAAAGCCACUUUAAACGAUACUGUAUCUGUAACUGUUAUUAAAAUUAUGUAUAAGUUAUCCUGUUUUUAUUAUUAACUUGCACAUAUAGCAGCAGUGUAGGCAUACCACUAAUUAAAUAGAAAAUUACCCUUUUGACGGUCCAUGAGUUAACUUUAACUAGAUCAUAUUUAGCUAAUUAGUGUUGCAUUGUUAUGGGAUCAUAAUCUCAUCAGGAGAAUUCUAGAAUUUGGUCUACCGUAAAUAUAAGAAAAUUUAAUGAACAUUUAAAAGUUAGUUAUUAUUUGCAGAUGAAAUGAAAGUCUGUAUGAUCAUUUAUGUACUAUGUAAGUGUCAAUUAAAAAGAAAAACAUAUGUCAGCAAGCAACAAACCAAAA